AGCUUCAGGAGGCGGCCUCGCGGCCUGCUCGGACCUGCCAGACCGGUGGCCUUAUGGCUUCGGCCUCCGCUGCGGCGCUAUCGGGCCGGGGGGCCCAGAACCUGCUGCAGUUCCUGCGGCUGGUAGGGCAGCUCAAGAGAGUCCCAAGGACUGGCUGGGUAUACAGAAAUGUUCAGAGUCCAGAGAGCGUAUCAGAUCACAUGUACAGAAUGGCAAUUAUGGCUCUGGUGACCAAGGAUGAGCAUCUUAACAAAGACCGAUGUAUUCGUCUAGCCCUGGUUCACGAUAUGGCAGAAUGCAUCGUUGGGGACAUAGCACCAGCAGAUAACAUCCCCAAAGAAGAAAAACAUAGGCGAGAAGAGGAAGCUAUGAAGCAGCUAACACAGCUCCUCCCAGAAGAUCUCAGGAAGGAACUUUAUGGGCUUUGGGAAGAGUAUGAGACCCAGUCUAGUGCAGAAGCCAAAUUUGUGAAGCAGCUGGACCAGUGUGAGAUGAUUCUUCAGGCAUCCGAGUAUGAAGACCUUGAGAACACACCGGGGAGGCUGCAGGACUUCUAUGAUUCCACAGCAGGAAAAUUCAGUCACCCGGAGAUAGUCCAACUUGUCUCUGAACUUGAGGCAGAAAGAAACGCUAACAUAGCUGCCGCCACCAGUGAGCCCCGCUCCUGAUGUGCUCUCUGGGUUGCUGCACUCCUGUGACAGACAUUGUGUUUUUCCCUUUCAUGGUGUUGUUGGGCCACUGUUGCUUUGUUGAUUCCCCAGAUGCAAGUCUGUUUAUUUUCCGUUGCCUGGACUCCAGUAAGAAACCUGAUACAAUCUGGAUAAUAAAAGGAGCUACAGAACCGGAUGUGGUCCUGAAAAUGCCAUGGAUGAAGCCUGAGGGUAGUGGGGGGAGUUUUUUAAUGAACUAACUAAAUAAAUUUUUAAAACCUUAAA